CCUGGAGGGGGCCGGGCGAGGCCUUUCUGGGGCGUCCCGUGGGAGGCUCCCACUCCGUGCGGGGCGCGCCCGACUCAUUCCAGCUUUGGCAGCGUUUCGGCGGAGCGGCUGGCCGGAUCCCGCAGAAGCAGGCGCUCAUGGCCCCCCUAGCAUCGCGGCGCGCCGGACCCGCGGCCGCCUGGCGCUUCUUUCUGCUCGCGCUCGGGCCGGUGGCGGCUAUGGAGACGUUCACGCCUGGCACCCUGGAAGCCUUGAACGGGACCGACGUGCGCUUGAAGUGCACCUUCCGCAGUCCAGAGCCGGUGGGGCCGAAGCUGGCGGUUUCCUGGUACUUCCAGUCCGAGCCGAAGGAGCCCCUGGAGAUGGUGCUCUUCUACAAUCAGCAGGCUUACCCCUCCAACUCAGCCCGCUUCUUAGGCAGAAUCACCUGGGAUGGCAAUGUACACAGAGACGACGCUUCGGUUAUGCUCCACAAUGUGAGCACCAAGGACAACGGGACUUUCCAGUGCCAUGUGAAGAACCCACCUGAUGUGGAUGGUGUCGUUGGCGAGAUCCAGCUGAGUGUUGUGCUGAAAAGGAGCUUCUCAGAGGUACAUAUUUUGGUCCUCACCAUUGGCAUCUCCUGUGCUGCAAUGGUCAUCCUGGUGGUGGUGGUGGUGAUCUGGCGUCAUUGGCGGAGGACGCAGCAAGACAAGACAAGGGAGGUGGGCAGGCCAGAGGAACUGAAGCUGAAGGAAGGCGGAGAGGAAAAUGAGGCCCCUCUGCCGGGAGAGGGGACCCAUCGGUCUUGAUCCACCCGUGGAUGCUGCGGCCUGCUGGAGUGGAGGUGGCAAAGGCCUUCAAGGAGAAGACCUCAUGCAUGCAGAGGGCCUGCAAAACCUCACCUUCUGCCCGCGUGACACCAAAGGACCGCCUAACCAGUCUUCUCCAUAUGCCCGAAGCAGCAGCCCUCCCCUGCCCACCUUGGUGACUGAAGACCUCAGGGCCACCUAGCUGGGGUCAGCAGAAGAUCUGGUCAAGACAGGCCGGCCAGGCAGAGCUUGGGGACGAGGAACCGCUUUGCCAACUGUUCUGCUCUCUGGGCAGAUGGCUAAGGGGGAGCCCCCGACCACUUAGAAAAGGCCUCCUCCUCUUCCAACAGGAUCAAGCCCCUGUCUCUAGGGCCUGCGCUGCCUGGAGUAGCAGGAGCCCUGCCUGAUUCUGUGCAGGCAGAGGAUCUGCGAAAGGGAGAGAGGAACCUGCUGGGUGCAGCAAUUCUGUCUCCUUUACGGCCCCCCAGCCCAGGCUGGCAGCACAAACCUCCUCCUUAAAACCAGGGUCUGCUUUCUCCUUCAGGAGGACUUGAGGGCCCUGGACAAACAAACAAAAUAUCUCUGACCACUGAGCCUCUUUUAUGCAGCACCACUAGAGCAGCCCUGCCAGCAACUACCUCUAAAACUCACAGGCUUCAGACGUUAGAGGACUGUCCGCCGGAUUCCUUACGGGCCACCCGUUCAUAUCCUUAGGUGACACACUUUCAUACACUAAUUUAUUUAAAGAGUCUUGUUAAAUUUUGUAAGCAAAUGGAAUAUUUUAUAAUAAAGGUACAAUUGCCUGGGAUUAAAA